AUGUGUAGUCUCCUCUCCAAGUUCCGACCCUUCCUUCCUCACUCUCCGUCAUCUCUCCAGCAACGGCGGAGGAGUCUCGCGUUUAGCAGCGCUCUUCCUACAACAAAGACGACGAAAGCAAUAGACGCAGCGUUGAUGAAGGAGAAAUGGUUGGAGUCUCUCACUCUCCCCUCACCACCUCGGAUUAAUAGCGACUCGAGCUGUGUGAUUGGGGUAGACCCAGACAUGUCCGGUGCUUUAGCUCUCUUGAGAAUUAACCACGUCUUGGGUUCUUCUGAAGCUCAGGUAUUUGAUACUCCUCACCUACCGGUUUUAGUAGGGACAAGAGUGCGGAAACGUUUUGAUGCAAAGUCAAUAGUUGAGUUGAUUCGAAGUUUAGACAUACCCUCUGGAAGUACUGCGUUUUUAGAGCAAUCAACUCCCUUUCCAAAAGACGGCAAACAGGGUUGGUAUAGUGGAGGUUUUGGAUAUGGAUUUUGGAUUGGAACACUUGUCGCGUCAGGAUUCUCGGUUGUUCCCGUUCCUUCAGCCUUAUGGAAGAGGCAUUUUCAACUUGCUGGUGGAAACUCCACAAAGGAUGAUAGUAGACGAGUUGCAUCGGAGUUGUUUCCUUUGCUUAGUUCGCAACUCAAGAGGAAAAAGGAUCAUGGUCGAGCUGAAGCAUUGCUCAUUGCGGCAUAUGGUGAAGCUCUUAAACCCACCACGCUUCAAGAAUUCGCCUCCUCUGACUCUGAGGUUUACUGUUUAGAAAACUAGUCAUUGCAAUGUUUUCUUCACUAUCAACUCUCAUUAGUUUCUUAUCAAACAGUUCUGAUUUUUAGUCGAUCCUUAACAUUGUUAACUUGUUAGUUUUUGUAUCUAGUUUUGAUUCGGAAUCAGUCUUUUUUAAGGACUGAAGUUUAUAUCUUAGUCUCUAUGUUAACUUUAGACAGG